CUUCUUUAUAAUCAAUCUUCUUGUUUGGUAUUUUCCAUUUUGCAUUUCAUAAUUAAUCUUCAAAAAACAUUGAAGGAAAAAAAAAAUGGUUAAAUUGAGCAACAACUUGAUCGGAAUCCUGAACUUCUUGACCCUCAUUCUCUCGAUUCCGAUACUGGUGGCUGGCGUGUGGCUCAGCAAACAAUCCAACACCGAAUGCGAGAGAUGGUUGGAGAGACCCGUCAUUGCACUCGGCGUGUUCCUCUUGGUGGUUUCACUCGCGGGACUCAUCGGUGCUUGUUGUCGCGUUUCGUGGCUCCUCUGGUUCUACCUACUCGUGAUGUUCUUGCUCAUCGUGCUCCUCUUCGGAUUCACCAUCUUCGCCUUUGUUGUUACCAAUAAAGGAGCUGGUGAAGCUUUGGGGAAUAAAGGGUACAAGGAGUAUAGGCUUGGUGAUUACUCUAAUUGGUUGCAGAAAAGGGUUAACAAUACCAACACAUGGAACAGGAUUAGGAGUUGUUUGCAGUCUGGAAAACUCUGCUCCGAUUUCCAAUCCCGAUUCCUCAACGACACCGUCGAUAAGUUCUACACGGAGAAUUUAUCAGCGCUUCAGUCUGGAUGUUGUAAGCCUUCAGACGACUGUAAAUUUGUCUAUCAAAAUCCAACUACAUGGACGAAGACAACAAAUGCGACUUAUACCAACCCUGACUGUGAUGCUUGGAAUAACGAUCCAAACGUUCUGUGCUUCAAUUGCCAAUCUUGCAAGGCCGGCUUACUGCAAAACCUAAAGACUGACUGGAAGAAGGUGGCUAUUAUCAACGUCAUAUUCCUGGUCUUCCUGAUUAUUGUGUAUUCCAUUGGUUGCUGUGCAUUCAGGAAUAACAGGAGGGACAAUUGGAAGAGAUAUUAGGCUCAUUUACAUUCACUAUUUUUAGUAUGUAGAUGAGUUAGGUCAUUUCGUUUAUAUGCUGGAUUUUUUCAGUACAGUGUCUGCUAUGUAAAUUGCUCACUUUUAUAUUACAUUUUCGCAUACCUUCUGUACUUAGAUAUUACUUUGGAUGCACUGCAUUUCCUUCUGUUUCCUCACCUUAUAUCGCACAAUGCAGAACAUUUUACCUUCGCUUAAUUGAUUGUGUGAAAGUAUUUCAGAUU